CGACAGCGUUCCGAGGUAUCAGCGGUGGGUGUUGCCUCGGCUCUGAUAGCGGGCGGCUGCUUCAUUCACCAUGCCUACUCCGAGGCAUCGGUACAUGUUGGUCGGUUUUUCUGACGAGCUGGACUGGAGAGCCUUGAAUUUCGUGGAACCAAUUCCACCAAACAUAGUAUGCAAAGCGUGCGGCCUAGUGACCAGAGUGACCGCGUUUCUACCUUGCCUGCACGUUUUCUGCAAGAUGUGCUACGAACAGUGCCGCAACGAUGGCGGGCACUGCUGUCCACUCGACGGUCAACGAGCCUUGGAAGAAGAGGUCCAAUGGAUGGAGUUUCCUGUGAGGAACCUGCUCAAAAGGAAGGUGAAGUGCUGGAACGAAGACCGAGGCUGCGACAUUGUUUUGCCUGCAUCGGAACUCAGCAAGCACUUUUGCAAGGACUGUGACCACCACUCCACUUCCUGUCCGAGAUGUUCGAUGGUCGUACGCUGGAAUAAUGCGUGCGCGCAUUUGCAGAGCGAGUGCAGGGAUCACGUGAUGUCUGUGGCGUCCGACAAUCCGCAAACUAACAUCACUGGCGAAAAAGCGAUGAUGAUGGCUUUGAAUGCACAUAUAGACACACGAGUAAGUGAAAUGAAAGGGAGACUAGACCACCUUACGCAUGAAAACAACGUCCAAAGUAACCUUCUUAAUGAGAUUUCACAUUGCAUGAACACAAUGAAAGAAACACUGCUAGAAAUAUCCAGCAGAACUAGUGCAUUGAGCAGCGUUGCGUCCUCGUCAGAAGCAAUUCAUAAAACUCUAAAUGAUCACGGUGAAAAGCUGCAGCAGCUUUCAGGAACAAUAAGCGAUUCACAUGAAACACUUAAAAAAGGCAUGGAACGAAGUUUGGAACGACUGAAAGAAGACACGACAAACUCACUGAAAGCUGACAUAAGACAAUUUUGUAGUGGUGAGGGCGGUGCGCUAACGGUAACCAUUCGAAAAGAGUUGGAGGUUGCCGCGAAAACCAUCUGCCAAGAAUGCGCACAAACUGUCGUCAGGAUUGUCGAAGUGAAGGACUGCGAGAAACGAACCACUUCAGGAGCAAUAAAUCCUGAAGAAAUGCUAGCUCUAAGCAGAAUCAAAGUCAAGCGACACGAGUUCGUUGUAGAGGGAUUCACAGCCAUGAAAGAGAGGGCUUCCUCAACAGGAAUUUCUGUUUACUGCACGGAAAAGAAGUACAUCUCUGGCUAUCACCUGUCGCAAGGCGUAUGCUUUACAAAAAAGGGGGAGCGUGUUUACCUGUGCCCUUGCAUUCAGCUGCAUAAAGGAGUGAUCGACGACGUUCUUCAAUGGCCGUUCAAAGAAAAGAUUCGGCUGACCAUUAAACACCCAUUUCAUAACAAAGAAUGCAGAAAGGAGGGAGUACCUUCGGGCUUUCCUGUGAUUUUUGAAAGGCCUUUUAAAGAAAGUAAUGCAGCAGCAUGUUUUUUUGACGCUCCCUUUCUGUUGGACGAUCUAGAACGUGAAGGAUAUGUCGCGGACGACAAGCUUCGGGUAGUGUGGGAGAUUGUUUCGGAAAAAUGAGCCGCGGAAAAUAUAUACAUAAUUAAAGAUUCCUAAUAAAUAUGAAUAAUACCCUCCCGGCUGGAC